AUGAACAGCACCAACAGUACAGCCGAUAUUCCAGUGAACAGCAUCGGCAAUAUAUCCUUCACUCCCCUCUACGCACCCAAUGUGAUAUUCACCGUGAUCUUUUCCCUUCUUUUACUCGCUCAAAUCAUCCUGACUACGGUAUACUACCGCUUCUACGGCUAUGCAACUGGCAUGCUUGGCGGCCUUCUCCUGGAACUUCUGGGAUAUGCAGCUAAAGUGAUGCUCUCUCAUGACCGAGGCAAUAAGAACGGAUACAUCAUGUACAUCAUCGGCCUAACCCUAGGUCCAACCUUCCUCUCCUCGUCACUAUACCUCAGCAUCAGCGCGAUUCUUCGCCAUUACCAAGCCACCUGUCUUCGACCCGUUGGGCCCCGUCUCUUCUCUACGCUUUUCAUCACUGGAGACUUUAUUUGUCUCUGUUUUAUAGGGAUUGGCGGCUCGCUCGCUGCGAUAUAUGCCGAGGACCCCAUUGGGGUUGAUCUCAUGAUUGCCGGGCUUGCGACGCAGGUCUUGUUUACUGCUAUUUUCUGCGUUGUCCUGUCCAUCCUACGCAGGGAUUUACGACAGAGGUUGGUAGAGGAUGGAAGGAAAUGGUUUAUGAUAGGGCUUUUAGUUGCUGCAGCCUGUCUUUUUAUUAGGUCGUGCUGGCGAGUCGCUGAGUUAAGUGAUGGGUUUAAUGGCCCGCUGGCGUCGAUGGAGGGUGUUUUCAUUGCCCUUGAUAGCAUUCCUAUGGUGAUCAUGUCGGUUUUGCUCACCGUACUGCAUCCAAGACGGCUUGGUCGAGGUCACCAUGUUCUGGGUUAA